UUUGUUAAGGUUACUUCCGUGUCCUUUGUUUCAACAUUUAUGACGUUACUAGUAUCACUACAUUUCCCCAUUGUUUUUUAUUCCGUUUUUGUUUGAGCCAGUGCUUUAAUCCAUUCUAUUAUCUGAUUAGCAUUGAAGGCAUUCGAUUAAUCAAUCUGUCCAGGACGCCCGAUAAGGCGUGUUUUGCACCGGGUGAAAGUUGAUUGCAUUCGUUUUAGAACCGGGCUGCCUCCCAGGCGUGAGCCAGGUACCCCAUUCAAAGCCCAUGGCGAAAUCGGCUCAAAAACAAAAGUGACAUAAUUAAGCUCGUGGAGUAUUGUGUAUUACUUUUUCAUGUGUUAUGACAUGAAAAAGUGAUAGUUUUGUAAAUAUAAACGCUGUAUAUACCUUCCAAAUGAAAACUAAUUGGAAAAAUUCAAACAUAUAUAUUUUUAUUGGAAAGAGAUGUUUCUGGAAGAUGCACCAUGCUGCCUUGUUGACAACGCGAACCGAGCAGCGCAAGAUUACCGUUCCUCCUUCACCUGCCUUUGCCCGUUUGCGUCACCGGUCACAGGCCAGUACCCAGUAGACCAGUACGAUCAACAUAGUCGAAUCUGCCCCUUUAAUCUCAGUCACUUCCACACUCUCAAUGUGUUGUUGACAGAUUUUAUGAUUGAUUUUUCUGAUAGCCAAUCGUAUCAUUCGGUGCGUAUGUGUAUCCAAUCAGAGGCUGGUAAGGGCGUAGCGGGAACCUCGAGCACCAGACUGUGCAGUGCCUAUCUGUCAGCUACAGUGUGUUAUCGCGAAUAUGAUUGAGCGUGGAAGGAAAAAAACACAUGUAUGAUUUUACAAACUGAGAUUUUCAAAUGAUUUACCGCGGACUUGGACUAAAACCUUACAUCUCAAAGUGUGCUUUGGACCCACGAGAAAAUACGUCAAACUGCAAGUUCUGGAUAGAACCAAGGCAAGGAAAAGGUCGGGAAGUUACGGAUCUUUGUUGUCCGGACAAGAGAGAGGGGCCCGAUUUCAGAGCAGCCAGUCUCGGGUGAAGUUAGCAAGCAAUCGGUACCAAGGAAGCCAGCAUCGUAAACCAGUUAGGAAGAGGAUAGUCCAGUUAUCGACAGGUGUUUGAACCGCUAGCAGUCAGAGAAGUCGGUGGUUAAAUAAAUACCAGUUGCAAAACGGUGUUGAGGUUGGAAGAUCAGACUUCUGCUCGCAGCUUGCUUUCAGCAGUGACGUUAUUUGGACCACCACUGGUACCCUGCCUAAUUCCUGUCCAAGGGACGUUUUGGUUUUGAGCAGCACACCGUACUUCCAACUCCUGCAAGCUGUUUAACCUGGAGGGACUUUAAAAAAUAAUAAUUGUGUCCACUAUUGCUGCCUCAUUCAGACUUGCCAAGCUACAAUGGUGGUCAGGUGUUUUAACCUGUAGCAGAGCCUCAACUCCACCUCGACACACAACAGUGGGCCGUAGGGCUAAUCAACAAUUCUCAACUGGAGGACCACACAGUCUCUUGACUCCUCUAACUUCUCUGCUGGAAUAGACUAUACCAGUUUCCCCCCCCUCUCCAGCCCCUAUCCCCCCUUAGCCCCCCUCUGCCUCCAUCCUCUCCCUCUCGUCCCCCAGUGUGUGAGGGGACAGAUGUGAGGAAGGCAGGAUGGGUACCCAGGGCAGCCCGGUGAAGAGUUAUGACUACCUGUUGAAGUUCCUCCUGGUCGGGGACAGCGAUGUGGGGAAAGGGGAGAUACUAGACAGCCUACAGGAUGGAUCGGCAGAGUCUCCGUACGCGUACAGCAGUGGCAUCGACUACAAGACCACCACUAUUCUGCUGGAUGGGAGGAGAGUGAAACUGGAGCUGUGGGACACGUCAGGACAGGGGAGGUUCUGCACCAUCUUCAGGUCCUACUCCAGAGGGGCUCAGGGGAUCCUGCUGGUGUAUGACAUCGCAAACCGCUGGUCGUUCGAAGGCAUCGACCGCUGGAUACGAGAGAUUGACGAGCAUGCCCCGGGUGUACCUCGUAUCCUGGUAGGCAACCGGCUCCACCUGGCGUUCAAGCGCCAGGUUCCUACGGAGCAGGCCCGGGCGUACGCGGAGAAGAACGGCAUGACCUUCUUUGAGGUCAGCCCGCUCUGCAACUUCAACGUCAUCGAGUCGUUCACAGAGCUGUCUCGCAUCGUACUGAUGAGGCACGGCAUGGAGAAGUUCUGGAAGCCCAACAGAGUGUUCACUCUCCAGGACCUGUGCUGCAGAGCGAUUGUCUCCUGCACGCCCGUCCACCUGAUCGACAAGCUGCCGUUGCCCGUGGCGAUAAAGUCCCACCUCAAGUCCUUCUCUAUGGCCAAUGGGAUGAACGCAGUGAUGAUGCACGGACGGUCCUAUUCGCUGGCCAACGCGGCGGGCGGGUCUAAAGGGAACAGUCUGAAGCGUUCUAAAUCUAUCAAACCCCCCCAGAGCCCCCCACAGAACUGCACACGCAACAACUGUAAAAUCUCCUAGUGAUAGACCCUGUCUGGGGGAGGGGGGAGACUGACACCCUAAACACACUGAAACAGACCCUGUCCCUUCCACUGAGGGGAGGAUGUGUAGAGCCUGUGGGGAGAACCAAGUCUGAGACCUAACCUACACCCCGAAGGGAGGGGAUACCCUGAAACAGACCUAGCCCUUACCCCAUACCCUAACCCUGGGGGAGGAGAUACCCUGGGUGAGGAGGGUGAUGAAACCUAGUGUAGGAGGAGGGAGGUGUGUGUGCACAGACUUGAGGAGACCCGACCAGACAUUUCUGGUCAACCCUCGUCCAUAGGAGGGGUUGUGCUGGAGUUGUAAUACACCCAGAAUACAUCCAGAAUACACCCAGAAUACAUCCACACCCAGAAUACAUCCACACCCAGAAUACAUCCACACCCAGAAUACACCCAGAAUACAUCCACAUCCAGAAUAUACCCAGAAUACACCCAGAAUACAUCCAGAAUAUACCCAGAAUACAUCCAGAAUACACCCAGAAUACACCCAGAAUACACCAGAAUACAUCCAGAAUAUACCCAGAAUACAUCCAUCCACGUCCAGAAUACACCCAGAAUACACCCAGAAUAUACCCAGAAUACAUCCAGAAUACACCCAGAAUACAUCCAUCCACAUCCAGAAUACAUCCAUCCACAUCCAGAAUACAUCCAUCCACAUCCAGAACACAUCCACACAACCCUACUGAGUUCUAGUGUUUUCCCCUCUCUUCUUCCCUCCCUUUCUCUCUCUGUUGAUCAGAGUGUUGCCUCCUGCUGUCCCAUGAUUCAUAUGUUAAAUAAUCGAUGUUCUCUUCAUGGAUCUCUGCCUGCUCUCCUUCUUUCCUUCCUUCCUCUCUCCAUCUCCUUCACUCUGCCUGCUUUCUCUCCUCACUCUGCCUGCUCUCUCUCUCUCCAUCUCCCUCACUCUGCCUGCUUUCUCUCCUCACUCUGCCUGCUCUCUCUCCCUACAUCUCCCUCACUCUGCCUGCUCUCUCUCCCUACAUCUCUCUCUCCCUCUCUUCCACUUUACAUCUAUCCAUCUCCCUCACUUUCCAUUCUCUCGCACUCCCUUCCUCUUUACCUCCCAUCUCCCUCCCUCCUUGUUCUUUGCCUCCCAUCUCCCCUCCCUCCCUCCUCUUCUCCCCAGAGUCAUCUAGUCUGCCUGCCAGUUUUCCUCUCCUUCCUUCCUUUCUCUCUCUCCUCUUUUCCUUUCUCUCCUCUUUUCCUUUCUCUCCUCCUUUCCUUCCUUCCUUUCUCUUGCGCCUCCUCUCCUCUCUGCACCAGUUUCCAGUGCAGCCAGUGAACCGUCACCCUAUUCCCUACAUAGGCUCUGGUCUAAAGUAGGACACUAUGUAGGGAAUAGGGUGCCAGGGCCCAUAGAGCUCUGGUCUAAAGUAGUGCACUAUAUAGGGAAUAGGGUGCCAGGGCCCAUAGAGCUCUGGUCUAAAGUAGUGCACUAUGUAGGGAAUAGGGUGCCAGGGCCCAUAGAGCUCUGGUCUAAAGUAGUGCACUAUGUAGGGAAUAGGGUGCCAUAGGGCUCUGGUCUAAAGUAGUGCACUAUGUAGGGAAUAGGGUGCCAUUUAGGACGUAGUCCCAGACUCACCCAAUGAAGCCUGGUUGUCAGGCUGAGUGGUGUUCUCUUCUCACUGCGGGGCGGCCAUAUUGUUUUCCUACACAGACAGUCAGCGACGUGAGCGUGGAGCCCCAUAGUUUCUCCUAUUCAGGGAAAUCUCCUGGCACUCAAAGCUAUUUUUCUCCCUUAUUGUUCUGUGUUUUACUGAACUGUCCCUCUGGUCUCAGAGAGACGAGUUUCUCUCUGAGUAUCAACCACUAGAAGGACAGACUCUUCUAUGUAUGUAUGGACGGCCUUUUCUCAUUUGGGAAAAAGGCUGUCCUCUCUUCUGCGUGAUCCGGAAACCGAUAAGUGGUCGAGUGGUGCCAAAUAGUUAGUAGACGAACGGAAGAGGCUCCUCCCCUCCUUCGAUAGCCAAUUAGUUUGUAGACGAACGGAAGAGGCUCCUCCCCUCCUCGAUAGCCACCUUUCAUGGAAGAUGGUCAUGUGGAUCCUACCUGAGUCCUUCACGGAAAGACUCUUGAAAAUGUAAAUUUUUUUAUAAUUAAUUAAUCACGUUACACAUUUAUUGGGGAUUCCACCCUGUCAACAUAAUUUGCCUGAUGAUGCGUAAGUGGAGAGGAGUCUUAAUUUUAUACAGGUAGCAUUUUCACCCACGUUCCCUUUUCACCCACGUUCCCUUCUCGCCCACGUUCCCUUCUCGCCCACGUUCCCUUCUCGCCCACGUUCCCUUCUCGCCCACGUUCCCUUCUCGCCGCCUCUCCUCGAUUACCUUCUAACCUUGUUCCAAAAGGAGGCGAUAGAGGAUGGAGGGAGAGAGGGACGCCGGAGUUGAGUAAAACGUAACGGAGAAAAGGACUUUGUUUUUUGUAGUUUGUAUGCAACAGUCGCCUCAAAAGUCCAGUAAUUUAUGAAUUAUGUUUUGUGUAGUUUGUAUGCAACAGUUGCCUCCAUCGCCUCAAAAGUCCAGUAAUUUUAUGAAUGAAGAAAAUAGGACGUUAACUCUUGUCUGCUUUUUAUAAAGAAGCUUCUUCCCCCGACAGCCUUUUUCCAGGCCUCCCUCUGUGAGGUUUUCCUGGUCAGGUCACGAGGUCAGGGAAAACCUCUCGGUCUGGUAAUAUGAAAAGGUUGUCAUGCUGUUCUUUGGCCAGGACAGAAGCAUAGGAUGUAUCCCAAAUGGCACCCUAGUCACUAUGGCACCCUGGUCGAAAGUAGUGCACUACCUAGGGAAUAGGGUGCCAGUAGAGUCCUAAUAGUGAUCUGGUUGGUUGUAGACUGUAAAAAGGAGGGAAGAGGUGUUUUGGUUCUUGGGCAGCACGUCAUAAUAUGGACCCCACUACCUUCGACAUGUAGAGAAGACAAGCUUUUCAACAAAACCUUUUUGUCGUUCAUUUGAAAACGUUUUUGUCAUUGUAAUGUGUUUUAUUAUGACACCAGCCUUUGAUGUUGACCUUUAUAAUAUUAUAACCUUUAUAAAAGUCGGACUUCAGGAAGGCCUCAAAUUACACCCUAUUCUUCAAAAUAAGUGCAGUACUUCUUAAAAUAAGUGCCCUAAUAAAUGGGGGAAUAAGGGUGUAAUUUGGAAACAAGAGAUAUUAUAUUUUUUUUUCCUUCUCAAAUGAUUUCUCUAGAUAGGAUUAAUGUUAUUAUUAUGAUGGACUGUUUAAAGAAAAAGAAAAAGUUGGCAAAGAAUGAUGGGAGAUGGAGUUUUGUGAUCAUGUCAGGAGAAGGGCCCCGUUUGGGGGAUGUCCCUGAUGUUGCCUGAGUUGAGGUUGUUAAACGUGCGUCCCAAUUGGCACCCUAUUCCUUAUAUAGUGCACUGCUUUUGAACAGAGCAGUGCUCUUGAUAGGAAAUAGGCGGCCAUUUUGGACUAAGGGAAGAGGAAUGAUGGUGAACACAACAUGUAAACACUAUGGGUGUGUCCUAAAAGAGCACUUUUAUUACCUAUGUAGUGCAUAUGCCAUUGGGCCCUGGACAAAAGUAGUGCACUACAUAGGGUGCGAUUUGGGAUGCAUUCCUAUUUUCCUUUGGUUGUAGCUGCUGCUGGGUCAUUUAAACAAGGAGUGUGUGAUCGAACGAGCGCAAGAGUGUGUUCUUAAUUAUUAUUUUUUAAACAAGCCGAAACAUGUUUUUAAAUGAUUGAUUGUACAGUUUUAGGCUAGGGUAUGAAAAGCAGAGACAUUUUUCACAAUAAAAACUGUUCUUUAACGUUG